AUGUCCCACCUAAAUUAUCUUCGUCCGCCCUCACAGCAGUCGGCCACGUACGCCGUCGGUCCGCGAUCUGCAAAGAGUAAAAUUUGCUGCAACCUGGAAAACAAUCAUUUUCACAGGUUCAUCUCAUCUCCAGAAAACUCCCGCGUCUCAUCAAUCUUUCUGGCCGCCGUAAAAUUUAGAAUCGAAGCCUUGAAGGAACCUCACGGCAUCGAACUCAUGUCUGUUCCUCAGCAAUCUAUGCCCACUAUUUCUCAAUAUGCAUCCAAGGCGACAAUAGCUGGCCGUUCUGAUUCGACUCCACCACCACCUGCUAGCAACGCCGUUAGCUCAAAUACGUCAGAGGCGUCUACUUUACAGCCGGCAUUUACGACAAAUUCAAGCACCACUGAAUCAGUUCCAAAUAAUGCUGCUACAUCGACAGCUUCUACGACAAGCUCUGCUGGUAUCUCAGGAAUUAAUCUUGAGGGAGUUGCCGAUUGGAGAGAUAAAGAUGCUGACCGAAGUGCGAGACAGCAAAUUGCGCGGAUCAUUUUGACUUUGAUCAUGAAGAGUGCAAAUCGUCCAACUUCGGCAAAUUAUAAUCCUCGAGAAAUCGCAAGAAGGCUGGAACAUACGCUCUACAUGGGAGCACCUUCUAAACAAGAGUAUAGCGAUGUACAGACGUUGAAAGCUCGAUUACAGCAGGCACUAGACAAUUCUCGACGGCGACAGAUGCAGCAGCAGCAAGCAAGACUUCAACAGCAGCAGCUUCAAGCGUCCGGAACGUCUACAGACGCUGCCCAGCAGCAAGCCCAAGCUCAGCUUUUGCAGCAGCGGCAACUAGCAAUGCUACAGCGGCAACAACAGCAACAACAGCAACAGCAGCAACAACAGCAACAUCAGCAACAACAACAACAACAAAUGGCUGCUGCACUGCAUAACCAGAGAACAAAUUUUCAGGCUGUUCCAUUUCCAGGGACAUCGACUUCAAUUAAUCAGCAGCCUUCUAUCAGUCAGCCGAUGCAAAUGCCGAUUAAUAUGUCACAAAUUGCAGUCAAAACUCCAGAUUCGAUUGCUGCGGUGAGCACAGCUCCAGUCACAACUCGUGUAUCCUCUUCAGUUGGACCCGCUGGAGCAAACAGCUCAAUACUUGAUGAGCUGGAGCGUGAAGCGGAUGAGAUGGCCAAGGGUUUUAGCGAUCAGUCGCUGUCUAUGCCGAACGUCGAGUUUCAGGCUGUUACAACGCCAACAGGGACGGGCACUGCAGCCAGUAAUGCGAACUUUGCAAAUUUAACACCCGCUAUAGCUUCACCAACGUUGGGUGGUAGUACUGCGGCUGGACAAUUCAACGCGGUUCCACUUAGCAUGCCACCUGACAUUGGAGUCAGUACAGCUCCUGUUUCAACGACCGGUGGGAUACUGCAGCCGAAUUCUUCCAUGUACCACGGAAUGAACCUUACAGGACCUCAGAUUCAGCAGAUCCAGCAGAUUCAGCAAAUGCAGCAAAUUCGACGAAUGCAGCAACUUCAGCAGCUUCAACAGGUUAACGGAAAGGUACACUUGCAAGUCGACACGUCAGUGCCAACUACACCAACAUCUGCAAAUAGAAAUGGUAACGAUAUAAGUCCAGGAAUGCUGCCAAUGAAUGAAGCAUCUAUUGCUCAGAAGCGGGAGGAGCUUAAACGUCGUCUUAUUCAGCUUAAGCACGCGCGUACUUGUACGACAGGAGAAUGCACGAUCGACUAUUGUAGCCGCACUAAAGCGUUGCUGUCACAUGUAUCGCGGUGUGCCAAUGCUCAGUGUACAACACUUGGCUGCAAGUCCACUCGACAGCUCUUGUCACAUUUUCGAAAGUGCCGUAACUUGCAGUGCGAUGUUUGCAGUGCAAUUCGACCUCCAAUGAAUGAGAAUGAACAGCAACUGGUGCUUCGACGUCAACAGGAGCGACUAUGCAUGUUACGUCAUGCCAGUACAUGCACAGCGCUGCAAUGCAUUCUGCCGUAUUGUGCUGGCAUGAAGCUGUUGUGGAAACAUAUUUGCGAAUGUCAUCAACGUCAAUGUCGAACGGACCAUUGCAUCUCAUCGCGUUACGUGCUUUCGCACUUUAAACAAUGUAACAAAAUGAUUUGUGAAGUUUGCGGCCCCGUUCGCAAGGCUAUCAAAGUGGUGGAUUCUUGUCGCGGAAAUUUUAGUCAGCUCCAGCUGGCAGCAAGUCAAUGCCCAGACGGUGUGCGUGGCCUGAUCAAGAUAAUGAACACGACCACUGCUAGUGCAUCAGUAUCGUCAUCUGCAGCGCAGGCAGUGCCUAGGAAUGAGCUUGCCGGUACGGACGUCAAGAUUGAAGGAUCACCUAUUGGUGCGCCGUUGGCGUUGGCGACCACAAUCAAUGCGACUGUUACGAAGGAUUUAGGUGUGGGAGAUGAGAUGAAAAAAAAGCCUCUUAAACUUCAGACGGAAAAAGAAAAAAAGUUGCGAAGAAAGGAGCAAGCAAAAAUUGCAAAGGCUCGUGCGCAGGCUAAAGCUGCAGCCGCAGCUGCGGCUGCGCUCGCAGGGCCGAUUUCUGGGGCACUGACUGAUACAGGUGCAAUUCAACCCGUCCUGCACAAUGGCCUCGUUGUUCGUGGUACUCAGGCAGAUUUGCAUGGCGACUAUCACGUUUUGCAUCAAGACAUUUCUUUUCUCGAUUCGAUGACGGAAGGUCAAUUAGAUGAACACAUUCGCUCGCUUCGAUUCAACUUCUGCGGGCAUAUUUCAAUCUCAGAACUCAAGAACAGACUGAUGCCACUGCUUCAAAAGCUCAUGGAUAGCGAGUAUGGGUGGACUUUUAAUAAUCCAGUGGAUCCUGUCCAGUGGAACAUUCCCGACUAUUUUGAUAUUAUCAAGUGUCCGAUGGACCUCGGUACAAUCAAAAAGCGAUUGGAAAAUGAACACUACAACAGUGUGGAAGCGUUUGCGGGGGAUGUACGACUGGUAUUUGAAAAUUGUAUCGCUUACAACAGCAGCACGAACAAAUUUAAUAUUGCCGCGAAGCAGCUGCUUGCCUCAUUUAAUAGAUCAUUGGCGGCUUUGAAGAAUCAGCUAGAAAAGCAACUGUUUAAACGCUGCGAGCAGAGACGUGAAGAAAUGUGUCAAUUGUGCGGCGGAGAUUCGUUUAAGUUUGCGCCAUGUAUGCUUUUCUGUAGCGGUCCGUGUGCAGGUCGUAUACGACGACAUACACACUACUACAGCGAUCCUCGAGGUGAGCAUCAUUGGUGCUCAAGUUGCUACAAGCAAAUGAAAGACGGCCCGAUUGACAUGUCGCUCUUGCCUCAGCUGUCGAGUGCGGCCACUGAAGUGGCUCCUUCUUCUGGUUCUGUGCCGUUCGAUGGUGUGCUAAAAAAGUCAUCACUCGUAAAGCGAAAAAACAGUGAGGUGGCUGAAGAACCUUGGGUCGAGUGCGAUUCGUGCAAAUUAUGGUACCAUCAAAUUUGUGCGCUGUUCAAUGAGCGCAACCACGCCAUUUCUGGUGAGCAAGAACCGUUUGUGUGUCCAAUUUGUGUGAAAAAACAACGUGCUGCUGGGGUAAAACCGUCUUUAGACAAUGGUCUGAAGGCGAAACGGCUUCCGAUUACACGUAUGGCACAGCUAAUUGAAACAAGAGUCUUAGAGGCCAUUGAAAAAGCAGGACAGGAUGAGGCCAUGCGCAUGGGCAGUAUGGGCAAUUCAGAUAGUAUUGGUUUCUCGAACGGUGUGAAGGAAUCGGCAUCGGAUACGCAGUACGGCAUCACAAUCCGCGAGGUUUUAAGCAUCGAUAAGCAGGUCCAAGUGAAACCACGAAUGGGCAAGUUAUUGGCCUUGAAGUAUCAACAAUCAAAAAAGUCGUUGAAACGGCCAAGAGUAGGAUCUGCUGGUGAUUCAAAUACUGCUGCAUCGGCUUUGUCCUUGCAGUUGACCUAUCGUUCGCGGUGUAUCUGCGUCUUCCAAGAAUUGGACGGCGUUGAUGUUCUCAUUUUUACAUUGUACGUCCAAGAAUACGGCCCCGACGCCUUAGCCCCAAAUGCUGGACGUGUUUACGUCUCGUACCUGGAUUCAGUCAAUUAUUUUCAGCCAAAAAAGCUACGUACACUAAUGCACCAACAGGUAAUGCUCGGUUUCCUUGAGGACUGUAAGAACCGUGGCUUCCACACGUGCCAUAUUUGGUCUUGUCCGCCGUUGAAAGGAGACGACUAUAUUUUUUUCUGUAAGCCUGAGAACCAAAAGAUUCCAAAGUCAGCACGACUGCGUCAAUGGUAUCAGAAACUGCUGCAGCAGGCCAAGCAAGAUGGACUUGUUGCGAACAUAUCCAAUCUUUAUGCUGAAUAUUACAUGAAGAAAAAAGCAGCGCACGAACUUCCGUACUUUGAAGGAGAUUACUGGCCACGACUUGCAGAAGACUUGAGCAAACAGCUGGAAGAAAAAGAUGGUAAUCGAGCGAAAUCUGGAGGAGCUCACGAUGUGCUAGAUGUCGGUAGCGUACCAGGUGGCAAGACGCCCAAUAUCGGAUCAAAGAUGCCCAUGUCUCGAUCCCCUUCGCCUGGUGAGUCCAGCAAUGAGAAUGGGAAUAGUAUGGUUGACGUCAACACCCCACUAUCGAAGAAAGGAGCGACGGCGCCAAGCGUGAAGAGCGCUAGCAAGCGCAGCAAGAAUAGCGCUACUACUGAACCGUCAGUGACGCGGAGUAGUGCAUCAAAAGCACGUUCGAAGAAAGCAGGCAAGAUGUCGCGUUGUGUGAGCAGCUCGAAGAAUGUUAUCAACAGUGAUCCGCUCAUGCAGAAGCUAAAAGGUAUUUUAGAGCCUCAGAAGGAUGACUUUUUUGUUGUGGAUCUUUAUCCCAAGUGCCACAAGUGUGCAGUGCCCAUUGUGCAAGAAAUAUAUUGGGAGCUUAAGACUGUCUCACCCCCUGCGUCAGUGACCCAUUUGCUAGAGGUUGCAAAGAAGUCCCGAUCGUCAUCGUCAAGUUCGCGCAAUUCACCUCCGCGUCACUAUCAUUAUUAUUACUGCCAUCUUUGCUACGAAAUGAAUAAGACACAAUUGCUGCAUCGUGUCGAAGUGUCUGGCGUAUGUGCGAUGCGGGCAAAGGAGUUAGGCGAGCGCAUAGCUCCGAUGAAUGAAAAGGCAGCUGCAGCAGAGGUUGCAGAGCUGGAUCUUCAAGAGAUAAAGUUUGAGACCGUUUUAAGAUUUGUCGACCCGACUGAAGAUGAAGAAGAUACGUUUAUUGAAAAUUCGGAAGCAGAUCAUAUAAAAGCAAAUGAUGCAGAAACUGCUGCCAUAAAUGACAAUGCAUCAACUACAUCGAAUCCAUCGCCAUCAUCUGCUGAGAAAAAUCAGCACGAUGAGGGAAAAGGAAAUGGCAAUGUAAGCGAGCAAACAGAUCAUCAGAGAAUUAAGGAAAGAAGCACUUUGCGGAGGAAGAUGAAGCGUGUGAUUGGUGAUGAUCUGGACGAUGUGAUCAUGCCGUGUGAGAUAUUCGACACGCGCGAGGCUUUCUUGUUGUAUUGUCAAAACAAUCACUGCCAGUUCGACCAAAUUCGACGCGCCAAGCACUCGUCAAUGAUGGUUCUUUACCAUUUGUUUAACCAGGGUACCACUGGGUUUACAUUCAGCUGUUCAAACUGCAAGACGACGUUGCUGAGUGGAAAUCGCUGGAACUGCUCCAUUUGCCCCGUAUUUAAUUUAUGUGACCCGUGUCAUACGAAGACGAAGCACGAGCAUCAGCUUCAUUUAUUCAAAGUCGUGUCAAUUCCAAGACCGGGCAACGAAGUGUCAAACGAGACAGUGAGCUCUAAGGUUAAAGGUAUCGUUUCCAAAGCUGGAGGCGUUACUGGGCGUGCGAUUAAACGCGAAGUAGAAAGUGUGGAUCUGAAGCGGGCAAAACAUGCAAAGGAAGCUGGACACCAGGCUGGAGGCUCACGAAAGCGCAAGUUACCGCAUACGUCGCCCGUUGCAGCAUUAGAAGUAAAGCCAGAAAAACCAGCGACCGCGUCGAUGGGUUCGAGUGCAGACGCCUCGAAUGGCACGUCUGUGGGAAAUAAUGGCAAUAUGGCAGACGGAAAGAAGCGACGAAUCCACAAUAUCGAUCCUCAACUCUUACUUCAGCUUGAACAUGCAAGUAGCUGUACGGUGCCAAAUUGCUCAUUUUUCAACUGCAACCGGAUGCAAGCGAUGCUCAAGCACGGCUCAAUCUGCGAACAAAGGCUAGCUGGUCCUUGUGUUCUGUGCAAGCGUAUUAUUGGUCUCUUAUCCGCACAUGCUCGACAGUGUACUAAGGGGUAUGGAGUCUGUAAGGUUCCUCGCUGCGCAGACAUUCGUCGCCAUUUUCUUGCACAGGUUCAAGCACGCCGGGAGCAAGCACAUCAGCUACAACAAGAAGGCAAUGAUGUUGCUAGUACAGACAGACUUGACACUACAAGUACAAGCCCCGAUGCAAGUGAGACGGAGGGUGGACAUACAACGGGAUGA